AUGAGUACUGGGAACAUCAAAGUUCUUCAAAGCCCGGCAUUUAUGAAUGUAACCGAGGGGAGCACAGCCGCUAUGCACUGUAUGUACAAAGGAUCCAAUGAACCGAGUGUCUUCAGGUGGUUCAGGGACAGGAAAGGAGGAACCGAACUUUGCAACAGCACAGCACAAUACAGAGGCCGGGUCAUUGGGCCAGACAGGGAGAAAAUCGAGGGAAUGACGGGCGCCUGGAUUCAACUAACAAAGGUGACAAUGAACGAUCAGGCGACUUAUUAUUGUAAAGUGGAAUUUGUCUCAAACAGUGAAUAUUAUGGACAAGGAACAACACUCAUUGUGAAAGCAAUGAGCGCUGCGAACACCAAAGUUCUUCAAAGCCCGGCAUCUAUGAAUAUAACCGAGGGGAACACAGCCGCUAUGCACUGUUUUUAUGAAGGGUCUAAUGGGCCAAGUGUCUUCAGGUGGUUCAGGGACAGUAAAGGAGGAACCGAGCUUUGCAACCGCUCAGCACAAUACAGAGGCCGGGUCAUUGGGCCAGACAGGCAGAAAAUCGAUGGAAAGAUGGGCGCCUGGAUUCAACUAACAAAGGUGACAUUGAGCGACCAGGCGACCUAUUACUGUAAAGUGGAAUUUGUCUCAAACAGUGAAUAUUAUGGAGAAGGAACAACACUUAUUGUGACAGCAGCGAGGAACCAAACACAACCAUCGAAUUCUCUGGGCCCACUGCAUAUCGCCAUAAGGGUGAUUGUGCUGGCACUGUUUUCCUUCACAGUCACUGUCAUCUUCCUACAACAUAAAGCUUCAGGACCAUCAUUGUUGAUGCUGCGAAAUAAUAAGGAGUAAAAUAUUUUUAUUUCUUGAAAAAAACUGAG